CCUAAUUAGUUUAUGUAAGACUUCAAGGUCAGUGAGUGCUUUCUGUAUCUCCUCUCUAUCUCACCAUUCUGCCAAUAUCGUUUUAACAAGUCAGAUCACGUGGACUCGGCCUUAUCUAGCAUUAGAUAGAUUGUUUAUAAGCCUUUACUCGAGUGUUUAGCGUGGAAUAGAAUGGAAGCUUUACAAUUUGAUCCUCAGAAGAAAGUGUUGUCAUUAGUUCAACAUGAAAAGCCAAAAAUUACAUCAGAUGAUGAACUUAUCGUCGAAGUGGCCUAUGCUGGUCUCUGCGGUACAGAUAUCCACAUAAUAGGAGGUGAAUUUCCAUGUUCGAAAAAACCAGUCAUUUUAGGCCAUGAAUUUAGUGGCGUUGUGAGAGAAAUAGGUGCUGGUGUUAAUCAUGUUAGAGUUGGAGACAAGGUUGUAAUAGAUCCACAAAGUUGGUGCACAACUUGCGAAUAUUGUACAACUGCCCGAUAUCAUUUAUGCAUCAAUGGAGGGGUAGAUUUUGCCACUGGAAUUAGCGUAAAUGGAGGUUGGGCUAAAUUCUCAAAGGUUCGUGCCAGACAAGUUUAUAAAAUUCCACCUGGCUUAACUCUUAAACAAGCUGCCUUAUGUGAACCCAUCUCUUGUGUCGUCUGGGGUCUUGAAAGAGGAGUUUCUAAUGUUCCUGUUGGAGCUAAAGUACUUAUAACUGGGGCAGGUAUAAUCGGCAACAUUUGGUGCAUUAUAUUGCACCAUCUUGGUCAUAGGAAAGUAACAGUUGUUGAACCUAUGGAAGAUAGAAGAAUUAUCAACAAAGGAUUAGGAACUGGUUUUGAAUGCUUAGAUCCAGCUGAGUUGAAACGGAAAUAUACUUCAGAAGAAUUUGAUUUGGCUAUAGAAUGCAGUGGAAAUGCCACUGCCACUGAGCAAGCCCUUAACUCCUUAAGAGCAAGUGGUAAACUGUGUAUAUUUGGGGUAGCUUCCCCGCAUAGUAAAAUCACGAUUUCUCCAUAUGAAAUAUAUAAAAAAGAAUUGACAAUCAUUGGCAGCAACAUUAAUCCAUUUUCAAUGAAAAAAGCAAUUGACCUGAUGGAAGCAUUGGAUAAAAAAUUUUUGGACAUUGAAAAACUGGGCGUAAAUGAAUAUAAACUGAAUGAAUAUCAAACUGGACUUGAAAUGCUUAAAAAAGGCGCCAUAGCCAAGGUGAUGUUCCAGAUUGGUACCAAGCUGGAAUAAACUGAUAUUCCUAUUGAAGUAGAAUUGUUAUAGAAUGAUAAAUGUUUGAUAAUUAAUGAUUAGUAAUUAUUAUAAUCACUGUUUGUUGGAGAUCUGUCACUUUAUUUAAACAUAAAAACAAAACUAUUAAUGUUUUUCUUGUUCUUAGCCUACCAUCUCUACCCUGCUGCUGUGUGGGAAGCACUCUUGCAUAUCCUGAUCCAAAUAUUCUUGGACCAUUUCUAUUAUCUGCCUCCAAUCUAUGUCUCUCUUCUUAUACAGAUUUCCUUUACUCCUUACUCCCACAUUUUUCCUCUGCCUCCUUCAUUUUGUUUCUACUUUAUAUGUUGCACUUGUCAUGCAUCCCUCAAAAAUUUACGAAACAUAGCCAAAUCGCCCGAGUCGAUAUUCCUCAAUGAGCUUAUGGCUUUUUUUUCAUCCAGGUUGGUUCUUAUUAUGUUUUUUUUCUUCAGUUUUUCUCAGAUAGGACAUUUCUCUUUAGGUCCUGAUUAGGACUUGGUUUUUAUGCUAAGAAAGAACGGGUUCUUGUAUAUUAUUUUUGUGCAGUAGGCAGUGACGGAUCCAGGAAGUUCCUCCACCACUACCCAUCUCCCCCUACUCUUUAUCUGAAUUUAGCUUCUCAAAAGUCCUCUUAAAAUGUUUUUAACAAUACCAAACUCUAUUUUAUUUAAAGUAAAUUUUGACUAGUUUGCAGUAAAGCAAUUGUUCAUCACUUAAAUUAAAUAUUUUUUUAGUUAUCACUUCAUAUUCAAGAAAAAACCUGACUUACUUUAAUGUGACUAGAAAACUUUCAUUUCCUUCUGAAAAUGUAGACAUUGUUUAUAUCAACUUUUUUUGUAGCUGUUGAGUUCUUACGUCAUUCCUUUAAACGUUUCCCUCUAAUUACGGGAAACUCUGUAUAUGGGUUUAGACAUGUAAAAAACUAAAUUGCUAACGUGGGUCACCAAGAGAAAACUUUUACAGGCAAAAAAGCCAGAUGUAUCCACAGGCGGAUCUACGGUGGGGGAGGGGGAGGACUUUUGGGCUGAAGCCCCUCCAAAAUGGUAAAAUAUAACCAUAUUUUACAGGAAAAAAUAUUAAAAACUAUCUCUUAAAGUAUUCUUGAUGGUAAAAUUAAAUUUAAUAGGACUUCAAGAAACACUUAAACAUCAUUUCGUAUAGGUAAUUAAUUAAUUUCUUUUUUUUCAAUUUAAUUAUCGUUAUAUCUAUAUGUAAAAAAAAGCUUUCGGGCUGAAGCCCUCCAAAAUUAAAUCCUAGAUCCGCUAGUGGAUUUAUCCGAUCUGUCUUCGUUUUUGUCGUAUAUUACUACUAAACAGUGCAUCGAAGCGAAAAAACGUAUUCUUUAAAGAAAUUAAAAAAGGCCAAAUUAUGCGUUGAACUAGUAUCAAAACUUAAUAAUUUGAUUUAAGAGAUAUGGUCGAUAACCACGGUCAAUGAACGCUAGUUUUUUACCGAUAUUGUCAAAAUCUGAGAAAGAUUACUGUAAAUGGCGCUGCAGCUUGGAAAUGAGCUCUCUAAGAAAAAAAAAACUUUUUAAAAUCAAAUCUCGCCGUGCGCAAUUUGAUCCACAGCCUGGUGAGAUGACCUGAUAUGACAAAUCUAAAAAUAAUUUAAAUGGUCAUGAUAAUAUUUUUUUUAAUAUUACACUAUAAAAGUUGUCUAUGAGGAUGAAUUCUCCCUAUAUUUCUCUUUUCUUAAAAUAGCUGCUUUUUGGUACUGUUUUUCCAUAAUCCAAAGAAGGGUGCACUCCCUGCCAGAAUUCGCUUAUGCUCGUCAUGAUAAUAAUUUUGUUUUUAUAUUGCAUUAGGAAAUUCAUCUGUGAGGAUGAAUUUUCCCUAUAUUUCUCUUUUCUUUAAAUAACUGCUUUUUGGAACAUUUUUUGGAAUUUUUUCCAACUUCCAAGGCUCAUAUAAAAAAUCCCAAAAUGGACCUUUAUACACCUUUCUGCACUCCGCUUACGUAUUCUAUCUGUUGCUUUUUAAUUCUGUUGAAUGCUUUGGACUAGUAAAAACAUAUUCGUUCGGUAAUUUUUUGCACCGCCAUUCACAAAAAUGCCUUUUUGCCGGCAUCUCUUUAUCUCUGUUUGCUAUGUAAUAUGAUUUAAUUUAUUUGGAUGUAGAAGGACAAGAAUUAUUUUAUGUAAUAUACAAAUGACUAAUUUUUGUCAUUUGGCUAUUGAUGAUAGUUUACGAAAGCACGAAUUUUCGUCAUGUGGAAAGAUAUGUGUUAACAUUACUUGUGAGAACUUUGCCUUUUUCUAUAACGUUUUGCAGAUCUGCCACAUAGUAUAUAUAAAAUUCUGAAUAAUUCUAAUUGUCUUGAAUACAUACUGAUUUAUUUCUAAGACCGGAUAAAAUAUUUUCCUCAAGUAUUGUGGAGUAGACCUUACUUAUCACACCAAGAAGAAUUUAUUUGUUUAAGAAGUUAUUUGUGUCAGAACAAUAGAUAAUUCCCAGCUUUGAGAUAACUUCUUUUCAUUUUAUUUCAUAUUGUACAGUUAUUCUUCUGGUAAUAUAUUUUAUCCUUUCAUUUCCUUGUACUUUACACGUUAGUAUAAGCAAACUUUUAAAAAGCUCGUUUUGUUUUAAUGCUAAUUAAAUGUGACUUGAUCUCCCCAGAAAAUAAUCAUAAUAGAAUCAUACAUUUUUUAUAGGAUUCAAAAUGUAAAAAGCCCAUAAUAUAUGUCAUCCAUCAAUUAAAAUUUAUUGUAUACAACUUUUUUUUUUCAAUCUUAAGUUUACAUUGUGUGAAAUAUCUUUGUAUUAUUAUAAUUAAAUAAUAAUAUACUGAUUUAGCGAUAAAUAAUUUGUAAAAACAAAAUAUUUAUUUUGUAAGAGUUUAGUUGUUGAUUAUUAUAGAUUAAAACCAAGAUAAUUUUUCUGAUCUUCA